AUGGUAAAUAAUAAUAUAUUAAUAAUCGGAAUAACUGGUAAUGGAAAAUCAGCUCUAGCUAAUCUCUUAGUUAACACUGACGAAUUUGGAGAAAACAAUCGUGAUAUCUCAGAAGAAGAUAUUCUAUUAAGAAUAGGCGAAGGUAUUUGUUCCGCUAAAGAGGGAAUAAGCCAAGUUCUUUUUGUAUUUGGAGGAAGGUUUGGUCCCGAACAAAUAGCAGCCUUUAAUACCUUUAAAAAAUUUAUCUCAGAAAGUGGUAUUACUAAAUAUACUACCCUAAUUCGCACUAAUUUUCCAAGUUUCAGAGACCAGAAGUCGUGUGAAGAGGAUAGACAAUCUUUACUUAGCGAAGAUAACAAAGACCUUAAAGAAACAAUCAAUUCCUGCAACGGUAUCAUAUAUGUGGACAAUCCACCCAUACCUGAAAUAGAUGAGGAGGAUGCCGACAGUGACGAUGAGGAAGAAAUAAGCCGAAUUAAGGAAAAAAAACAAGAGGCUAGAAAAAUAGUGUUGAACCAUCUCGCAAAAAAUUGUUGCCAAACUCCUUAUAAAUUGAAGAAAUGA